AACGUGUUCUCCGCGUGUGUCGGUUUCAUUUGAAGGUGAAGCGGCUGUGAACGUGAACGCGGGCCUCCGUUACAGUGAGUCUCACAGCAUUAAUUCAACAACACGGUGGACCAUGUCGACACUUUCUGCCGCCAGCGUGGAGUCGCCUCCUGCAGCCGACGGCGCCGAGCAGAAGAAGCCGCUGAGGCCCUGCUGCGCCUGUCCAGAGACCAAGAAAGUCCGGGACGCCUGCAUCAUCGAGAAGGGCGAGGAGAACUGCUCGGCGCUGAUCGAGGCCCAUAAAGACUGCAUGAGGGCGCUGGGCUUCAAGAUCUAACCGCUGGCUGUGUGCGUCUGUGUGUGCGUGUGCUGCUCUGAGUGGAAGACGACCUUGGCUGUUCCUUUCUUCUCCUCCCCUCUUAUUUAUACUCCGCUGAAGGGAAACGUGAACUGCACGACUGUCUCUCUGUGAAAACUAUUUUUUAACGCGUGCAGAAUUUGUGUGAAUAUCUAAACUGCUGUCUGACGUUGAAUAAAAGUCCUAUGCAAUAAGA